UAAAAUCCCGCCUAAACCCACUCCUUAAUCUCUCUUAUUAAUACUCAAACACCUCUCUCUCGCUCUCUCUCUAGCUGUAGACACUACAGUAGGCACAAAUACAAUAUCAUGCUUCACUGUAACAUCCUAUGAGCUAGACCACACCGGAUCUUUCUUUCUUUCUCUUUCUCUCCGAUGUCGAACAACUACUACAUUACCAGCAACGGCGGCGAGGUGGAGCCGACUGCGAAGCCGGCGCUUACAUCAUCAGCUUCAUUCAAGACACGGAGCAAACCGAAACUGAAUGCGAAUGCGGGAGGUCCCCCAGCGGCGGCUACGGCUAUACCAAGAGGCGGUGGUUCAGAAAUGGAUGACAUCGUCACAUUUUUACACGGCUCCGAUCCCGUCCGCGUCGAGCUUAACCGUCUCGAAAAUGAAGUUCGAGAUAAAGAUAGGGAACUUGGAGAAGCACUUUCAGAAAUCAAGUCAUUGAAGAUUUCAGAACGUCUGAAAGAGAGGGCAGUUGAACAGCUUACAGAAGAUCUAAAGAAAGUGGAUGAAAAGCUAAAAGCUGCUGAAGCUCUUUUGGAAAGCAAGAACCUUGAGCUUAAGAGAAUAAAUGAUGAGAAAAAAUCAGCUUUGGCUGCACAAUUUGCUGCAGAAGCCACACUUCGAAGGGUCCAUGCUGCUCAGAAAGAUGAUGAGAUGCCUCCCAUUGAGGCCAUCAUCACUCCACUUGAGGCGGAACUGAAGUUGGCUAGGCUGGAGGUGGCAAAAUUGCAAGAUGACAAUAAAGCACUUGAUCGGCUCACCAAAUCUAAGGAAGCUGCUCUGCUUGAGGCUGAGAGAACUGUUCAGAUGGCUUUGGCAAAAGCAUCCUUAGUUGAUGAUCUGCAAAACAAAAACCAAGAGCUACUGAAGCAAAUUGAAAUAUGCCAGGAGGAGAAUAGAAUCCUGGACAAAAUGCACCGGCAGAAAGUUGCUGAGGUUGAAAAGCUGACUCAAACUGUUCAUGAGCUUGAGGAAGCUGUCUUAGCUGGAGGAGCUGCUGCUAAUGCCGUGCGUGAUUACCAGAGAAAAGUGCAAGAAAUGAAUGAGGAGAAAAAAACUCUGGAACGUGAAGUAGCUCGUGCAAAAGUUAGUGCAAACCGAGUUGCUACUGUAGUUGCAAAUGAGUGGAAAGAUGGCAACGACAAAGUUAUGCCUGUAAAACAGUGGCUUGAAGAAAGAAGAUUUUUUCAGGGGGAAAUGCAACAGCUGAAAGACAAAUUGGCAGUUGCUGAACGUACUGCAAAGGCAGAAGCUCAGAUGAAAGAAAAAUACCAAUUACGGUUCAAGGUUUUGGAGGAAAGGCUUAGAGCAUCUAAUGGUAAUUCCCGUGCUAUAUCAUUGGGAAGAAGCAAUAGUAAUAGGCCUUCAUGGCGUCAGUCUCUUGGGGGAGCUGAGAAUUUUUCCAGAUCAUCAUCCAAUGGCCAUUUGUCAAAAAAAGCAUCUAAUAUACAAGCUGGCUCUUUCAGAUCCAAUGGUGCUGCAACAUUAUUAAAACAUGCCAAUGAGUCAUCAAGAUCUUUUGAUGGGGGUAGUAGAUCACCAAAGGCAGAUAAGUUAAUUUCAGAAAUGAUGAGUAAAGAUAAUGCACCCACCAGCACCAAUCAUUCUCAAAGUAGUGAAACAAUUGAAUGUGAGGAGCACGAAAAAGGGAUGCUAAUGGAAAAGCCAAAACCAGAACAUGAAGAUCAUGUUUCAGGAAUCUUGUAUGAUAUGCUACAGAAGGAAGUGAUAACUCUGAGAAAAGCUUGCCAGGAAAAAGAUCAAAGUCUCAAGGACAAGGACGAUGCAAUUGAGAUGUUGGCAAAGAAGGUUGAUACAUUAAACAAAGCAAUGGAUGUGGAGGCAAAAAAGAUGCGUAGAGAAGUAGCUACCAUGGAAAAGGAAGUUGCUGCUAUGCGGAUUAGCAAGGAGCAUGAUCAAAGGACACGGCGCACCAGUGCUCCUAGAGCCAGUCUAUUAAUUUCUGGAAGGAAUGCAAGAAACUUAUAAGCAAAUCGAUGCAACUUCAACAAUGACUGGACAAAAGCAUCAUUAAUGACUUGGCUUGAAAGCCAAAAGUUUGAACAGUUUGUCGUAUUUCUGCUACUUAUCCUGUCUCCAGCUGCUUCAGUUGUCUCAACCAGAAAGCCUAUUUGUAAAGUACUGACUCUAGGUUUCCAAGAGAAUUACCAUAUCAUGUAUAUCUUUUGUCCCAAAGUUAUUGGUGUCCAGAAUCAUUUGCGAUCAAGCAUGCCAUGAAAGGAAUACAAGGUUUGUCGUGAGUGCCUUUUUAAAAAAAAAAAAUAUAUUAUAUAUAUAUAAAGGUAUAGAGAAAACUUAAAGAAAAAGCAGAUGUAUAGUUCUGUACUUCUAUGGCCACUAUUUGUAACUCAUUACUGUUUUCAAGCAUAAGAAGUAAAAUUUUCAGG